UACAGUUUUCCUUCUCUCUCUCUCUCUCUCUCUCUCUCUCUCUCUCUCUCUCUCUCUCUCUCUCUCCCCCCCCCCCCGUUACAGUAUCCUUUCCUUCUUCUGUCUCCUCUCACGUAACAGUAUUUCUUCUUCUUAUUAUUAUUAUUAUUUCUUCUUCUUCUUCUUCUUCUUCUUCUUCUUCUUCUUCUUCUUCUUCUUCUUCUUCUUCUAGUUGAAAUUCUGUUUUGCUUUCUCCUCUUAAGUUAUUGCGAUGUCGUGCGGGAGGCUCUUUGGUGACCUUCGACAUGUUCCCAAACCGUUGGAAGAGGCGGGGCCUGCUCCUCGGCUGUCCUUUUUCCUUCCCUUCGUGUCCCGAUUCAACCCUCAGGUGUGCAAGACGAAAUUGCGAUCUGCGAUGGCACACAUCCCGCAUGUCGUGCAGAAACGUCAGCGGCUGAUGGAGCAGAGGAGAGCGGAGGUGGUCGACGCCCUCAGCAACCAAGCGCCAGAGCUGGCCAGGACGAAGCUGAAAGUUUUCCUUGCCGACGAAGCCUUCCUCGAGGCCAUCCCUCUUGUGCAGGCAAUGGAGACUCCGUUUGUGCAAUAUGUGGACCUACUGCGAAACUACAGGCAAUGCCCUCCGGAUCUGCAACAGGUCGUUCACACUCUGACCUACGCAGCGGUCGUCUGUCAGUCUGACAUCCCCGAGUUCACUCCAUUUUUGCAACAAAUGAAGUACAAGUACGGCAAGAGGUUUGUGUCUUGGAUUCAGUACGGCAAUCCCGGCUUGCAAAUCGAGAACACCGUGAGGGCCAAGCUUGAGAUGGAUGUAGACAAAGCCAUGAGCUUUGAGGAACAAGAGGCCAGACUGCAGCAGAUCGCGCAAGAGGCAGGGAUCGCCAUGAGUACUACAGCUGUCGGGGGAGAAGGGAGGCGGGUCUCCUUCUGCCCCUGACAGGAGAGAGGGG